AUGGCAGCCAGAGUAUCAAAGCAACCACAAUGCCUAACAUCUACCGCGGACGAGGAGAGGAAAGAUGGCUCCAAGGUUGCAAGUUUCUAUUACGAUCGAGUUGUGUUCAUCACCGGUGGAACAGGCUUCAUUGGAAAGGUUCUUCUGGAAAAGCUCUUGCGAUCUUGCCCCGGCCUGAAGCGGGUCUAUCUUCUCGUUCGCAGUAAGCGCGGAGAAAAUCCACAAGCAAGGCUGGAGAAGAUGUUCGACUCCAAGAUGUUCGAACACCUGAAGCAAGAACAGCCAGACGCGCUUAAAAAGGUGACGGCGCUGGCAGGAGACCUGACGGAGCCAAAUUUGGGAUUAAGUGCGUCGGACCAAGCCACCUUGGUUAAUAGCGUCUCUGUCGUCUUUCACUCGGGUGCUACGAUCAGAUUCGAUGAACCUCUCAGGCGAGCGGUACUGCUCAACGUUUUGGGCACAAGGAGUGUUCUGGACCUCUCUGAAAAAAUGACAAACCUUUCUGCUUUUGUCCACGUAUCAACGGCCUAUUGCAACUGUGAUAAGCCCGACGUACUCGAGAUUAUAUACCCACCGCCUGUAGGCGCCCAAAAGCUCAUUGAAGCUGCGCAGUCUUCAAGCAAUGACACGACGGUCCCUGAGGAAGACUGCUUGUACGGGCAUCCGAAUACAUACACUCUGACCAAGAGUGUAGCCGAAUCACUGAUACUGGAAGAAAGGGGGGAAAUGCCCGUCGCCAUAGUACGGCCCUCCAUUGUCACUGCAUCGAUCAAGGAACCUCUUCCGGGCUGGGUGGACAAUUAUAACGGCUGCACGAGAACCAUUUACGUGAGGAACUACUAUAGCCGUGCUAAGUCCGUACCUAAAGACAUCGAGGUGUACCACUGCACGAGCAGUGCCCUGAAUCCAUGCACGUGGGCAUAUAUAGCGGACGAGACGCAGAGAGCCAUCUGGCGACAUCCGUUACCAAAUGUGAUACGUUUCCCAAAAUUCCAAGUGACCAACAGCCACAUGUGGCACGAUGUUAACCUCUGGUGCCUGCAUUACCUGCCAGCCCGCGUCGUGGACCUGGCCUUGAACCUGUACGGCCAGAAACCGAGGUUCGUGUGCCACUACAAGAAAAUUCGCAAGACGAUAGAUUCCGUGCGGUACUUCCAAACUCACGAGUGGCUGUUCAGAUCGAACAAUGUGUCGAAGCUUCUACAAGAACUCUCCCCCACGGAUGCCCGGUUGUUCAACAUCGAUGUGCAGCGCCUCGAUUGGAGAUCAUAUUUUGAGGGAUACGUGUUAGGAAUUCGCAGGUACCUGUUGAAAGCCGAAGAUUCAGAGCUACCGGAGGCACGGAAACGCCUCAAACGGCUCAAUGUCAUGCGCUGGUUCUUGUAUUCGGCCAUGGCCAUGAUUUCUUGUGGAGUUGUGGCGAUGACGACGACGACUUGGGACAUGUACAACUCAGUGUGUGGUUUUGCCACGGGGCUCUGCGAUAUGGUUGGCUUAUAGCGAACCCUCUGAUUUUUGCGACCAGAAGAACAUAGAUAGCGCCAAAUACAUUAGAGCACAUGU